UGACCUGUCGGCGGCUCGCAUCAAGACGAAACCAUGGGGAACACAAGCAGCGAGAGGGCCGCGAUGGGCCACGGCGAGAAGGCCCAGCGGAGGGACAGCCGCGGCAUCAAAGAGGGGGACAGGCCCAAAAUCCUCAUGGACAGCCCCGAGGAUGCCGACAUUUUUCACGGAGAAGACAUGAAGGCUCCUCUGGGGAAGGAGGAGUUCCUUGCAUGGCAGCAAGACAUCGACGCAGAGGAUAAAGGCCCCACUUUAGACCGACCAACGGUGUUUCGCUGGACAGGGGACGGAAAAGAGGUCUACAUCUCAGGCUCCUUCAACAACUGGGCCAACAAGAUUCCCCUCAUAAGAAGUCAGAACACGUUUGUGGCAAUCGUAGAUCUCCCAGAGGGAGAGCAUCAGUACAAGUUUUAUGUAGAUGGCCAGUGGACCCAUGACCCCACUGAGCCUAUUGUGACCAGCCAGCUUGGCACCGUUAACAACAUCAUCCAGGUGAAGAAAACCGACUUUGAGGUGUUUGAUGCUCUGAUGGUGGAUUCCCAGAAAUCCUCGGACGUGUCAGAUCUGUCCAGCUCUCCUCCCGGCCCAUAUCAUCAGGACGCUUAUGUUCCUAAACCGGAUGAAAAGUUUAAGUCUCCACCUAUACUCCCUCCUCACCUCCUCCAAGUCAUCCUCAACAAAGACACGGGAAUAUCUUGUGACCCUGCGUUACUUCCAGAGCCGAACCACGUCAUGCUUAAUCACCUUUAUGCACUUUCAAUUAAGGAUGGAGUGAUGGUGCUUAGUGCGACGCAUCGCUAUAAGAAGAAGUACGUCACCACUUUGUUGUACAAACCCAUCUGACAGCCAUCUGUUUUCGUUCCGCCGGCGUGUGGCGCCGAUUGGACUCAAGAGUGUGUGAAAUAUUUCUUCCAAGCUUUUCUCUUUCUUCCAUGAACUAGAAAAAGUUAGAGAACACCUGCUUCAUAUCUAGCCCUCGCCGGUGUCACCUGGUCACUUUAGUCUUAGUUGAAGAAUGACUCUGAAUGAGAUGAAAGAAAAUUGAUUUUUAUUUUUUUUAUUCAAGCACAGUCACAGAAUUUUAAUUAUUUAGAGAUGGGGAUGAGGUGACGGUACAUAACAAUAAAUGGCACACUUAGAAAAGGCACUAAAAUCCAAUCUUCAAACGUCCUAAACAUUUCAAAUGUUAUUUUUAUAAAUAUGCUUUAAAAAGGUCCGAUUAUUGAUGACCGAUGACCCGAAGCUUUACGAACUUCUGACAACAGCAACACUUUUUUUCUUGUUACAGCUAAAACUUUUAACAUUUAUAACUAAUACGGGCUUGUUCUUCUUCUUUUUUUUUUUUUUUUACCUUUAAAAGAGUUGGAAAUCCUCAAGCUAGGGUUUAAUCAAAAGGUGUAUGUGAAGACAUGCAGGAGCAGACUGCCAUAGUUAAGGAAUAUCAGUCUUAUCUAGUCAGCCAAGGAGAUUACUUAGAAGCUCAGGCUGACAGUUGUUGAAUCUUAUCAGGCGAAAGCCUCAGACAAGGUUGCUGUCUGUUUCAGUUUCAUCUUCCACCGAGUAAAGAAUUGUGGGUAAUCAGCCGUUGCUAACAGACUUGCAUCCAGCCCCCUCAAAAAGUAACAAUCCAAUGCCUUCGGAGAUGGUGCCAUGUGUAGGGCCCAUGCUUAAAGCAACACUGAGCAAUACUGUGAAGGUUGCAAGGAGGAAACCCACUGUUCUACAAAGAGAUCAUGGCUCUGACAAACCAGAAGUCUGAUGGGGAAAAAAAUAGGACAAAAAGAUGAUAAAACUUUAGAGUGUAAGAAUAGCAUUGAGUCUGCCUGAGUCAGGAAAGGAAGAGAAAAGAAAAGCAGCUGAUUGAGUGAUCAAUCCAUGGAAAAUGAUGAAGAAGUCUGUCUUUACAUUUUCUUAAACAUGGCUCACCAGUUUUGAUGAUCACAUAAAUGCGGAAUGGUACCUAAUAAGAUUCAACAAACACACUUAACCUUUUGUAAACAUAGAUAUUUCUUCCCAAAAAUAUAUUUAAGAAUAAUAAAAGGAAACCUAAUGUCAAGGUUUAAUCAUAGUUUGGAAAAGAAAAACAGCAAAUAGUUGGCAAAUCUUUUGAGCACUACUGAGAACAGAUGAGCUAGUAUCUAGUAUCUGUAUUAUUGUGAACAUCUACAUAAGGUUGUUAAUGUCUCAAUUAUCUCAUUCCCAUGUAAAGUGCCUGUGACAUGACUGUUUUAAGAUUAACUGAAUUGAAAGAUAACAUUGACAAAACUGUUUUGACAUAAAUAUACGGAUUAAAUAAAUGGUUGUCACUAAAAGGAUUCUUUUUAGAUUCUGUUGCGCUCCUUAAUGACGUAAAAGGGGCACCCUGGCGCAUAAACCGACCGCUCCUACAAUGACUAACAACUCUUGGACCCCGUCUGAAAAUGACACCCUUCCCAAAACGAACAACAAAGUAUGCUCUCUUCUCCCUGAAUAUUUUCAUUAAUUUCCGUGAGGUGGGCAGUGCUUAUAGGUCACGUCACACAAAGGAUUGUGGGAUACCUUAGGCCUUCUUAGCGCCAGUAAGGGACGUUGCAGGGUUCCUAGGCAGAACUAGCCGCAGUAGGAAGCAUACAGGCUACUUUUCCUACCUCCUUCCUUCCUGACUGCAGUAUUCGGACAGCACUUAUCAUGGCGACACACCUCCGCUUUGGCUAAAGAGUCCUUACUCUAUAAGGGUGUUCAGAUUGAGCCUUACCUUUCUGUAGAAAUAUAUAGAGCCAAGAGCUCCCCCUGGAGGUUAAGCUGCACAGCAAGAAGCAGCAGCAGCAAACUCAGCGGAUUUUUUUUUAAUUAUUAUUUAGCAGAUGAUACCUGGUUUUAUAAUUUUGAAACUUUACAUUGGAAUAUUUAUAUAAACAUUCUUUCCAAUAUAUUAUAUUUAGCCUUGAUUAUUUAUUAGACGUGUUUUAUUACAAGUACCUGUGAAAUCAUGGCAAGUGUUAGAGGGCUGUCAAGAAGUUUAUCAAGUUGUAAAUACCCUGACUGACUUUGAAUAACAUUUUUCCCAAAAUCAACGCCCAACAUAAACAUCAAGCAACACCCAGGAUUUCCCACCGUACUUUUUGGAAGUUUGGGUCCUGGGUACAGUCUACAAUGAAACAGUACAGUCUACAAUGAAACAGUACAGUCUGAAAUGAAACAUCAUGCAGAUGCAAAUGAGUGAUAAUGACUCACUAUUUUCUGGUGGUUACUCUUGUGCAGAUUCUGAUAAGUCAGCUGAUAGUUGACUGAGCUAUUUUUACAGAAACGAAAGACUCCUUCAUACUUUCUGUUUUGUCAACCAUUGUAGCUGCGGUCAGUUUAUGUGCCAGGGUUCCCUUUUUACUUCAUAAAGGAGCGCAACAGAAUCUCAAAAGAGUCCUUUUUAGUGAGAUUUAUGACCAUGUAUAUCAACAACCAUUUAAUCUGCAUAAUAUUGUUGUCAAAACAGUAUUGUCAGUGUUAUCUUUCCAUUCAGUUUAUCUUAAAACAGUCAUGUCACAUACACUUUAAAUACCUGUAUUUGUACAUUGAUUUCUAGGAGUAUAUUUGCUUAGAAGAAUAUCAAAGCAAUAAUGAUUUGAUAGGACACUGAAGUGUUUUUAAUUGAAAAUAAAGAAAUGUAAUCAUUCAUUGUGCUGAUAGAAACAUGUAUAAAGAACGUUAGUGUUUUCUUUCCCAUGGUUGAGAAAACAAGAAGUCACCAAUCAAGAAUGUGAACCUUCAGGUUUUGGACUGAAAAUAUGCACUGAGGCAGUUCUCUGUGUUCUCUUCUGCUGUUUAUGUUGAAGGCGAAACGUGCCGAGCACAUGGGACAGAGUUCAUAUAUUUUAUAGAGUAUUUACAAUGAUCUUUAAUUUAAAUCUUAGUUUUUAUAGAUUAUAUUGUUGAUCCAGGAUGUUUGUAUUUUGUUGAUUGCCUUGUUCGGUUCAAAACCAUUCCACUCAAACAAAGGUUUUAGCACUUUGAUGAUUUGAUGUUGAAUUUGUGCACUGAUAACAUGACAAACGUAUCGGCGGUGUAGUACUGAUACCACUGUCAUAUUCUCUUCGCUUUUCUGCAUGAUGGAAAGAUUAAAUUCAGAUCACAUCAA